AUGGAAGAGCUCACCGCGUUCGUUUCGAAGUCCUUCGAUCACAAAGUGAAGGAGAAGAAGGAAGUGAUCACGUACCGGGAGGUUUUAGAGACCGGCUCGACGCGAGCGCCGGGCAGGGAGCCUUUACCCGCGGAGCCCGGCAGCCGAGAGGAGGCAGCCGCCGUCCCCCGGAACGUGGCGCUCUCGCCGGGCAGGGACUCGGACAUGCUCGGCCCGGAGAGGAUUAGGGACGCCGGGAGCCCCAAACUCACUGACGGCACCACGGACGUGAAGGAGAGGAAGGAGGACUCGAAGCCAAUCGAGGACGAGGCACAGACUAAAAUCAAACAGAGGAGAAGUCGGACUAACUUCACGCUAGAGCAGCUCAACGAGCUGGAGCGGCUCUUCGACGAGACCCACUACCCGGACGCCUUCAUGCGGGAGGAGCUGAGCCAGCGACUGGGACUGUCGGAGGCCCGAGUACAGGUUUGGUUCCAGAACAGAAGAGCCAAAUGCAGAAAGCAGGAGAAUCAGCUACAUAAAGGAGUGCUGAUUGGAGCAGCGAGUCAGUUCGAAGCUUGUCGUGUAGCGCCAUAUGUCAACGUGGGGGCUUUACGGAUGCCAUUCCAACAGGAUAGUCAUUGCAACGUGCCGCCCUUCUCCUUUCAGGUGCAGGCGCAGCUGCAGCUGGACAGCGCCGUGGCGCAUGCGCAGCACCACCUGCACUCCCACCUGGCCGCGCACGCGCCCUACAUGAUGUUCCCCGCCCCCCCCUUCGGCCUGCCGCUGGCCACGCUCGCGGCCGAGUCCGCUUCCGCCGCGUCGGUCGUGGCCGCCGCCGCCGCCGCGAAGAACACCAGCAAGAACUCGAGCAUCGCGGACCUGCGGCUGAAGGCCAAGAAGCACGCGGCCGCGCUGGGCCUGUGA